AUGGAAGUUGUGUAUUUUGUUUUGAUAUUUUUCGCUAUUAGCGUGAACUCUGUAGCCAUCCAUGGCCCUAUGUUGACAAGAUACAACCCAUGCAGUCUGGGAGUGUUAUAUUUUGAUAAAUUAACUAAUAUAUCGUGGCAGGGGACGAUUAAUUUCAGUUUAUAUCCCAAUAUAACUGAUGCUAAUAUUGAAAUCACCUUCGAUAAGCCUAUAAGGAUUUUUGGGGCCUCGAACAACAGUACAGUAUACGCAAGGAACAACUGGCAUAGUUUCUUAUUUAAGCCGCGGGGAGUGCUUCCGCCUCGUUACUUUUUCUACAUAGCUGUUAUAGGUGACGUUUCAAAUGUCCCAAAUGUAGUCACAGUAAAAUUAAAUAACUAUACACUGUGCAAUCCUGCUGUCAAGAAUGAACUAAAUAUUCAGUCCUACAACGCGACGCAACCAGACGACAAGUAUUAUCGUCAAGUUUGCGGGCGCCGAGCGCUCCACAACGCCGAACUAAGUUCGAUAAAGACUGACGCGAAAGCUGGCGACUGGCCCUGGCACGUGGCUGUGCUGAUCAGGGAAAACAUCUCUAUAUACGCCAGAUACCAGUGUGGGGGAAAUAUAAUAUCGAGAACUGCUGUUCUAACAGCGGCGCAUUGCCUUUUCUAUAACUCAUUGCCCAUCCAUAUUAGUCGUCUACUAAUUGAAGCAGGAGUGGACAAUUUAAAAUUAUUCAAUCAACCCGGGAGACAAUUACUUAACGCAGUCGAUGUAAUAGUGAACCCCGCUUAUAAGUCGGACGAGUCAACUGCGGAUUUGGCCGUUAUUCGAGUGAAUGCAUUCAGAUAUACUGAUUAUGUGCAACCGAUAUGUCUUUGGGGCCCUUCGUAUGACAAAAGCAAUUUGUAUGGACAAAUGGCUGUGGUGGUGGGCUUCGGGACAACUGAGGAGAAUCAAUUAUCAGACACGCUAAGGUCAACGUACACGGUGGUGCAGAAUGACACGACAUGCAUUUCGUAUUCACCCCAGUUGUACACAAGUUUGUUGAACGAGUUCACAUUCUGCGCUGGACUCGACCCAAAUGCCGGUACAAGUCCUCUUCAAGGUGAUAGCGGUGGAGGCUUAUCAAUAUCCACAGUCCAACCAGACCACAAAGUGAGUUGGUUCCUACGAGGCGUCCUGUCAAAAUGUGGGAUUUCCAAUGGUGAAACAAUUUGCAAUCCAAAGUAUUACGUAAUAUACACUGAUGUUGGCCCGCACUAUGGAUGGAUCUAUCACCAUGCAGGGUUAAAUUAUAUUAGCAAUAUUGUUUAUUGA